UCCUGCUUUCUGACCUGCUUGAUCACAUACCGGUUUAGUACGGACAAGCCAAAUGGAAGACUAUCUGAACUUGACAGGUACCAUUCAUUCACCUGCUUCAGUGAAGGGACUAUGGUGUCAGACAAAGUCUGGAGCUGUUGCCCAAAGGAUUGGAAGCCAUUUGGUUCCCACUGCUACUUGGUUCCCACAGUUACUUCAUCAGCAUCUUGGAACAAGAGUGAGGAGAAGUGCUCAAACAUGGGUGCCCAUCUGCUGGUGAUCCAUAGCCAGGAAGAGCAGGAUUUCAUCACUGGGAUCCUGGACACUCGUGCUGCUUAUUUUAUAGGGUUAUGGGAUACAGGCCAUCAACAAUGGCAAUGGGUUGAUCAGACACCAUAUGAAGAAAGUGUCACAUUCUGGCACAAAGGUGAGCCCAACAGUGACAAUGAAAAAUGNGUUACANUANUUCAUCNUNGGAGNGAUGGAUGGGGCUGGAAUGAUAUCCCUUGCAGUCUUAANCAGAANUCANUUUGUCAGAUGAAGAAAAUAAACUUAUGAAUUACACAUUCUUCAUGGGCACUCGAUUUCAUUGUUAUCCAACAUUACAUGGACACCUGGGAAAUUCUACAAUUGGAAAAGCCGUUCACAGAAUUUAAGUGAGCAGCAAAUGGUUAUGCAUACACUGGCUCACAUAUAUCCUUGUGCGUUUAUCCACCUAUUCUGUCAUAAAAUGAACUUUCANUGAGAAUUUUCUACAUACCACAGAGUAUACAGAGUCCCUUUUGGGCACACAUGGAACUUUUUNCCUUCUCAUUUACUCAUGUCAUUGUAUGAUAGGUUCUCUUGGUCUAUCUGUUUCUGUUUCUCUGUUUUUUUAUGCCUUUGGAUUUAUUGACAUUAAAUUGAGAAGUAAACUUAUAAAUAUUUAAGUGUUUGGAUUGAUACACACAGAUAUGUACUAUGAAAUAUACUUAAAUAUUUACUGUGAAAUAAUUGUCCAAAGAAUGUUCACAACAUCUUCCUUUACUUAAUAUCAUUUCCAUAUUGCAUGUGUGUGUGUGUGUGUGUGUGUAUGUGUGUGUGUGUGUGUGUGUGUGUGUGUGUGAGAGAGAGAGAGAGAGAGAGAGAGAGAGAGAGAGAGAGAGAGAGAGAGAAGUAUACUUAUGGCCAUGGCCAUUUAAAGAAAAUUCAGAAACACAGGACAGUGCUAACAAUUAUUCUCUUGUACAAUGGAUCUCAGUAUUUAUUUCUAUUUUAUCUGGCAGUUUGUUCCCUUCAUCAAUAUGUCAGAGAUCCCAGUACCCCACCCUUUACAACCAUGUAUUCUUCACUCUAAUUCCUGAGAUUAUUUGAUAAAUUAUUAAGUAAGUAAUUAUUGUAAUAUUUUAUAGAUUAUCUCUCCUUUUGAUUUCUCUAAUGAUUCAUAAAAAGCAGCAUCUCCAGCCACCAACAUGCAGUACACCAACAUGCACAUAUUUUUUGUAAUGUUUAAAUGAUGUUUAAGAACAAUACUGAAUUACAGUUUAGGCUUAGAUAAUAAAGAAUGAAAACUAAGGUCCAACUUGCUGAUGUGGCUACAGUGCUCACUUUAAAAAUGUGAACAUAU